UGGCUUCCCCUUUUCCCCCCCAGAUUGCCAAUGGUGAUAUAGUCAGGCCGAAAGCAUCCAUCCGCGCUUCGUCGUUCGUUCGCUCGUUCCCUUUCUUUCCGCACCACCGCUUCACUCCUUUAGCGGGCACUCGUUUCUCCAGACCGCAAAACCAUCACGCAGCAGAGCGUGGCAGAAGGAACAGGAAGAGAAACAAAAUAAAGACAAAACAAAGGCGACUCGAUACGGUCUCUGAAUCACUCAUCUCCCAAGAUGAAGGCAGCUGUGAUGGCCGCCGCUGCGGCGGUUCUCGCCAAUGGCGUGAGCGCGGCCCGGGUUCACGGGCACCGCCAUGCGCACGCCCUAUUUAAGAGGGGCGACACCGGUGAAGUGUGCACUCCGGGCUGCACCACCAUCUACUCCACCAUCACCGGUGAACCGACCCGGUAUCAUGAUGCAGUUCUCCCGCCUGCGCCGACUCCCACGACCACGGCCGCUCCCGAGCCCACCACGACGAGCGGGCCCGUCCUCGUCCCGACGCCGAUCCAGCAGACCUGCCCGACUCCCGGCACCUACACCAUCCCCGCGACGACCGUCGUCCUGACCGAGACGACCACCGUCUGCGGCGCGUCUUCGACCGAGGUCCCGAGCGGCACCCACACCCUCGGCGGCGUCACCACCGUCGUCGAGACGGCCACCACGGUCGUCUGCCCCGUGGCCACCACCGAGACCCAGAAUGGCGUCGUUACCAGCGUCAUCAAGACCACCACCUACGUCUGCCCGUCGGCCGGUACCUACACCAUUGCCCCCAUCACCACCGUCGUCCCCAGCGUCACCACCGUGGUCGUGCCCGUCGUCGAGACGUACUGCCCGGGUACCUACACCGCCCCGGAGCUCGUCACCACCGUCACCGAGACCAGCGUGAUCGUCACCUGCCCCUUCACUUCGGUCACCCCCGCCGAGCCCACUUCGGCCCCGGUUCCCACUUCGGAGCCCGCUGAGCCCACUUCGGCCCCUGCUCCCACUUCGGAGCCCGCUGAGCCGGCCCCUGCCCCUCCCUCGUCGUCGUCCAAGGUGGCUCCGUCCCCAUCUCCGUCCCCUUCGUCCCCGUCCAAGGGCCCUAAUCCCGACAACAACGGCAAGCGGUGGGCCAUGACCUACACCCCGUACGCCGAGACUGCUGAGGGUGGCUGCAAGAGCGCCUCCGAGGUAAUGGACGAUGUCGCCGCCAUUGCCAAGGCGGGUUUCAAGGCCCUCCGUGUCUACUCGACCGACUGCGACACCCUGCCCAACGUUGGUGCCGCUGCUCGCGCCCACGGCCUCCGCCUGAUUGUCGGCAUCUUCAUCGGCAAGGUCGGCUGCGACAACAACAGCCCCGACGUUGCCGACCAGAUCAGCGCCCUCAAGGAGUGGAAGGAGUGGGAUCUCGUUGACCUGUGCGUCGUCGGCAACGAGGCCCUCUUCAACGGCUUCUGCUCCGUCUCCGAGCUCGCCAGCCUCAUCGGCCGCGUCAAGUCGGAGCUCGGCUCGGUCGGUUAUAACGGCCCCUUCACCACCACCGACGUCGUCGCCGCCUGGACCAACAACGACGUCUCGGCCAUCUGCGACGCCAUCGACGUCACCGCCACCAACGCCCACGCCUACUUCAAUGCCGACACCGAGCCCGCCGAUGCCGGCAAGUUCGUCGCCGGCCAGCUGGCCAUUGUCGAGAAGGUCUGCGGCAAGCCCGGCUACGUCAUGGAGACCGGCUGGCCCUCGGCCGGCAACUGCAACGGCGUCGCCUGCGCCGGCGAGGCUGAGCAGGCCACCGCCAUCCACUCCAUCGAGCAGGAGCUCGGCAACAAGGCCGUCUUCUUCUCCUUCCGCAACGACCCGUGGAAGCAGCCCGGCGAGUGCAACUGCGAGCAGCACUGGGGCUGCGCCAACGUCUUCGGCGUUUAAGCUCUCUUCCAGCCGACUCUGGUCCGCACGCCUCCCCCUCUCACUUGUGGGCAGCUCAUCUUUCCACAAUAUAUAAAUUCUAUUUCUCAGCCGGCAGCUACGCCCCGUCUCCCGUCAU